AGAUAAAAAAACAUGGCAGGAAAGACAAAGAAAGUUGCCGGACGUGGUCGAGGCCGACCUUCAAAAGCGUCCAAGGACGAAGACGUAAAUGGAGAGGAUAAGACGUUAGCAAAGCCCACAAAAACCAUCGAGAAAGCCAGCACUGGCAGAAAACGUGGCCGUCCACCAGGUAGCGGCAAGAAGAAGGCCGGUGCCAAGAAAACUAAAGCAACACCUAAGAAGAAGAGAGAAACAAGCGACGAAGAGGAGAGCGGAAUGGAGUCUCACGACGAACCUACAGCUGCCGAAAUGAAUGGCGAGGAACAAGCCGAAGAAUAAAGAGCGUGUAUCCGAGCGAGAAUCGUCGAUUCGUUAAUUGCGUUGUAAACUGCAUCCUCUAGUAGGCAUUGAUCCCCAUCGUUGACAACAUCCUCCUCCACUGUUAUGUGUGUGCGUGUACGUUUAGUAACUGUCUUUUACUCUUCCUCAAUGUCGAUUCACUCAUUUACUUCCUCGAUAAUUGAUCUCUUAUCCUUGUAAUGUUGUUUAUCUUCAAGCGCAAACAAUAAACAAUCUCAACAUGUGCAGUGUAAAACUAUCAAAC